GAAGAAAAAGAAAGAAGUGAAGAAUUUUCUUCAUCAUUUUUGUUUUAUUCAAGUGGGAGGGAGGAAGGGAGGGAAGGGAAGUCAAGGCAGCAUACAGCACCACCAGGCAGCAGCAACCAGCAGCCAGCAGCCAGCAGCCAGCAGCCAGCAGCCAGCAGCCACAUAUUAUACUUUUCUUCAAACAGCUCUUGCAAAUUUCUCUAGUUCAGUUUCCAGAUUCUGCCAACUACUUUGAUCAGUUCAGCUGUGGUGCUGAAAACCACCUCCAAUGAAGAAGGCCAUUGGUCAAACUGUCAGGGAGCUGAAAAGAGAAGUAAACAAGAAAGUAUUGAAAGUUCCAGGGAUAGAACAGAAGGUUCUUGAUGCUACCAGCAAUGAAGCUUGGGGUCCUCACGGAUCACUCCUUGCAGAUAUUGCACAGGCGACCAGAGACUUUCAUGAAUGUCAGAUGAUCAUGGCAGUAAUUUGGAAGAGGAUUAAUGACUCUGGCAAGAAUUGGCGGCAUGUCUACAAGGCUUUGAUAGUGCUCGAGUACUUACUGGCUAAUGGAGCAGAACGAGUCAUAGAGGAUAUUAGAGAACAUACCCAUCUAAUAUCGACAUUGUCCAGCUUUCAAUAUAUUGAUUCCAGUGGAAGAGAUCAGGGAAACAAUAUAAGGAAGAAGUCACAGAGUUUCGUUCUCCUUGUAAAUGAUAAAGAAAGGAUCAUAGAGGUUAGACAGCAGGCUGCUGCCAACAGGGACAAGUUUCACAAUAAUUCAACAAGUGGAAUGUAUAAGCUUGGUUCAUAUUCAAGCAGUGGAACUUAUGGUGAUAGAUAUGAUGAUGAUCGUCAUGGAAGCAAGGAGGAUGAUAGAAGUGAUUAUGGUAUCAGCAGAGAAAAAGAAUGGGGCUAUAGAGAUGAUGAUCGAAAUAGUCGUGGUGGAGAUUAUUAUGGCAGAGAUAAUGAGGAACACAAUAGUAGAGAGGGUUACAGGGAUGACGAGUACAAUGGAAGCAGUGCUAAAGCUGAAGACCAUUCACUGGAAGGAAGGCUAGAGAGGGAAGCUUCUGAGAAAAAUGUUGCUGCUCCUCCUAGUUAUGAAGAAGCUGCUUCUCAAAGCCCUUUACAAAAUGAAAGGGAUGGAGAGAUUUCAGGAGCAUCUGCGCCAAGAGGAUCUUCUCCUGUGAGUGAUAAUCCACACCAAACCUAUGCUUCCACAGGAUCUUCUCUUGUACGCGAUAAUCCAAUGGAUGAAACUGCUGCUGCAACUACUGUUACAGCUGGAAGCCAGGAAGUUGGCACUUGGGAUGAAUUUGACCCCCGUGGUCCUGUGUCAGCUGCCCCAGCUGUUGCUGAUAAUGUUGAAAUGGACUUAUUCAGCUCUCUGUCAGAUCCAUUCUCUUCAAAUGCAUUGGCUCUCGUGCCAUCUUCAUCAGCAACCACAACCCAUCAAGGCUUUCUGAAUCUUGGCUCGACACCAUCCUUUCCACAGCCAUUAUCUGGAUCCCACAAACUAAAUCCAGUACCGUUGUUUGAAGAUCCAUUUGGUGAUUCACCAUUUAAGGCGGUCCCUUCUCCUGAAACUGCUCCAUUUCCACCCCAGAUGCAUCAGAAUCUUGAACCAUCCGAAUUAAGUGGUCCUAAUACAGAAAAUGUGUCUAACUUUGGGUUUGGAGACUCAUUUUCUGUUGUACCAUACUCUACAUCUUCUGUCAGUGACACUCAGCUUGUAUCAUCAAACUCACAGUUUUUACCUCAAUAUUUGUCUUCUCCACCACAAGAACCUGAUAUUCUUGCAGACAUUCUCCCCCCUGCACCAUUAAGUGGAAUAACUUCACAGCAUAACUUUUCAGCCCCUCCUUCAUAUGCUCAAUCUCUACCAUCCUUUUCAGCUUCAUCUGGGCAAAUGGCAUCACAGUUCUUUCUUGCACAAAGUGGCCAACUUAUGCAGCAAGGUUUCUCAGCCUAUCAAGCCUCACAAUUUAACAGCAGGAACUUCAUUGCGCACCAGGGAAAUGUACCUGGUGGAAAACAAAGUGAUGUUGUAGGUAGCUUACUUGGUGAAGGAGUAAACGCUCCUAAUGUUUGUCAACCUUCCAAUGACAAGUUUGAGACAAAAUCAACAGUUUGGGCCGAUACACUAAGUAGGGGGUUGGUUAAUUUGAAUAUAUCUGGACCUAAAAUAAACCCAUUAGCAGAUAUUGGAAUUGACUUUGAUGCCAUCAAUAGGAAGGAAAAGAGGAUGGAGAAGCCCACCACAGUACCCCUAACAUCAAAUGUAACCAUGGGUAAAGCCAUGGGAUCUGGUUCUGGUAUAGGCCGAGUCGGCGCUAAUGCUCUCAAACCCCCAUCAAACCCGAUGAUGGGUCCUGGUGUUGGUAUGGGAAUGGGAGGUUAUGGGGCUAUAAAUGUACCAAUUAUGGGUAUGGGUACAAGGCAAGGAAUCCAGAUGCAACCACCUUCUGCAUUGCCUCCUGGGUCCAAUGUAGCAGGUAAUUAUAAUUCCAUGAUGGGAACAGGUGGUUAUCACCAACAACCUUAUGGUGGGGGUGGGGGCUACCGAUGAUAUUGGGCAAUCAUACCUAGAUAACAAUCUCAGUGUAUGACACUGAGCAUACUUAUAUACAAAGUUAGUGCAUGUCAAUGGUGCUGCAUACCCAAAAUUUUUGUUACAAGUUGAGAGAUGGCAUGUUAGUAGACUCAAUAUCACUAUACCAGUGUAAGAUAUUAUUUUCCCUGUAAAGUGACCCAGUGUCAUGUGUGCUUAUUCUUGUGUUUUGUAUAUUUAUAUCAUUUCCAUUAUUUUUUUGGUCAUUGUUUCUAUAUAUGAUGUGUGGCAUCAUGUCUGUGUUGUACAUGUGACUGGAUUGAAUAACCUUACUUGGGCUGUUGCUUUC